AUGCCGCAGCCCAGUGAUAGAACCCUAUACGAGCGAGUGCUCAGAGCCCUCAGGCGACAGAUCGUCUGCCUCCGGUAUAACCCAGAAAAGCACGAGCGGGUGAUUGGCAGGCUGCAAGCACUAUCCCAUCUAUCCCGCAUCCGCACGCAGACCAGGGAUAACACUCGCCUUAGACAUCUCUCUGAUAUUCUCCAGAGCUUCUUGCCUCCGCAAAUUAGCCUGCUCAAGGCUGGCCGCAGCAAUGACCUUAUAGUUGCAGAGGCUUUGGCACGGAUGGUUCUGGAAUUCUGCGCCCUUCCAGAUGCUGCUUUCGAUGACGAGGAUUAUGUGGGCCCGGAUGGGAGGCCUUUGCGCCUGGGAGAUGCGCAGCACAUUCGCCGACGAGCUGACUUGGAGGCUGAUGCAGAUGAUAGUGAGAUGGAUCCAAGUGAUGACAGCUAUAUCGCUCGCGUGCUGCUUGGCCCGACUUGGAAUGACGAUUUUGUCGACAUUGAAGUCAUCAUAGAUUUGUGA